AUGGCAGUGAACACGGGUACAUCCCUGGUUCUGUCCAGUCUGCUGUCCGUGCUUGUGUUUGCCGGCAUGCAGAUGUUUAGUAAGCAACUGGCAUCCACUGAGUGGCUUACCAUCCUGGGGGGUUUCCUGGGCUCCAUCCUUUUUAUCUGCUCUCUUACUGCAUUUAGUAAUCUGGAAAAUCUUUUCUUUGGGAAAGGGUUCCAAGCAAAGAUCUUCCCAGAAAUUGUGCUGUGCUUGUGCCUGUCCUUAUUUGCUUCCGGUCUGGUUCAUCGCGUGUGUAUUACCACAUGUUUGAUAUUCUCUCUUUUCGCCUUGUACUACAUCAACAAAAUAUCUGCUGCCCUCUACCAAGCGACUGCACCCUCAGCAGUGCCAGUGAAGGUGGCCACGAAGGGCAAGAGGAAGAACUAA